UCGGCCCAGUUUAAGGCGCUGAGAGAAAUCGAGAGACGAAGCAAAGCAUAUUUCUGAAAUUUCCCAAAAAACCAGAACCGGAAAAGCGAGCAGCACAGAGAUCUGAUGGCGUUGGAGUGGGUUGUCCUCGGAUACGCCGCCGCCGCGGAGGCGAUCAUGGUGGUCCUCCUCACGAUCCCCGGCCUCGACGGCCUCCGCAAGGGCCUCGUCACGGUCACCCGCAACCUCCUCAAACCGUUUCUCUCGGUGGUGCCGUUCUGCCUUUUCUUGCUCAUGGACAUCUACUGGAAGUACGAGACUCGCCCGAGCUGCGAAGGCGACUCCUGCACUCCCUCGGAGCACCUCCGCCACCAGAAGUCGAUCAUGAAGAGCCAGCGCAACGCGCUCUUGAUCGCCGCCGCCUUGAUCUUCUACUGGCUCCUUUACACCGUCACCCACCUCGUUGUCCGCAUCGAGCAGUUGAACCAGCGCGUCGAGCGCUUGAAGAAUCGCGACUGAUUCCGCUCGGUUUGCCUUUCGAUUUCCAAGCCUUUAGCUUUAUUUUGUGUUUCGACGGAGAGAUUAUUGGGUUAAUUGCACUUCUUUUAUAUCGGAUUUUCGAAUUUCUGUGUUAUGUGAUGUUAUAGUUUUGUGGCAUUAGCCACUAGGGUUUUGCUUUUAAUCUGGCACUUGGAAAUUACUAAUAUGUCUCUGAAUUUCUGGGAAUGUUGUUAGUAUAAUUAAUCUUUUCAAUA